GGUGUGUCCACCACCACCCAGUGGGAGUGGGUGACACAGCCCAGUUAGGAAAUCUCAGCACACAAAAGGGUAUAAAUUCCAGUUGGGACUGCUGAGCAUCCACUGAAGGUGAAAGUCUGGCCUGGCAGCCUUCCCCAGGCAAGAAGGGACAAGGUGCAAGAAUGCAGAGCUGCAGGUUUGACCCUGUGACUUGCGAGGCUAAUGGAAUGUGGGCUGACAAGACGGAGUAGAUCGUGAGCAUGGCCUUGUGUGAUUUUUGUGCCCACUGUUUGUAUUUUUGCCAUUCCAUGAGAAGACCAUCUCCCAGGAUGUUUAGUGGUCCAAGGAGGAUGAGAGACACAUGGAGCAGACUUGGAAUCCACCUACAUCUUGGAGUCAAGAUUUACUCAGCCCAGUCUAGGUUAUCCAGCCUCUGUCUGACACAGACUCGUGAGCAAAAGCUACGAAGAGCUGGACUUCGGAUGUCCACUUCCUGUGUACUGCAAAGGUUUUUGGGAACAACGUUCAUCUUGUAUAUGUGGACAAUGGGUGUGUCUGCCUUCACCACUCAGUCAGAGGAGCACAUAGUGGCUACAGACAACUGCCAAUUUCGCGGCAAGCUUUACAAAACAGAAUACCGGAUGGAAGGGGAGCCUGUGAUUCUGAGGUGCCCCCUGGUAUCGCCUUCAUUGGAAGCUAAUGCCAGCGCCCAUACCCUCCUGACCUGGCGUAAAAACAACUCUGCUCAGCUGAUCCCAGGAGAAGAGUCAAGGAUGUGGAUUGAGGAUGGCGCUCUGUGGUUUCUGCCUGCCUUGUUGGAGGACUCUGGUACUUACAUCUGCACUGUCAGAAAUGCCUCUCACUGUGAAGAACUCAAGAUUUUUGAGAAUACAGAAGCAUCUCUGCCGCUCAUCUCAUACCUGCAGUUCAUAACCCAGUCAACCUCCGGAGUGCUAGUGUGCCCAGACCUGAAGGACUUCCUCUCCCACAAAACUGAUGCAAAGAUUCAGUGGUACAAGGAUUCUGUCCCUUUGGCUCAAGAUAAUGAGAAAUUUCAAAGUGUGGGUGGCACCACGCACUUACUCCUAACAGAUGCUUCCAUGGAGGAUGCAGGCUACUACAAAUGUACUAUGACAUUUGCCCACAGGGGCAGGGAAUACAACGUCACUAGGAAUAUUGAGCUCCUGAUCAAAAAAAGAAAAGAGGAAACCAUUCCUGUGAUUAUUUCUCCCCUUGAGACCAUACCAGCAUCUCUUGGGUCAAGGCUGACAGUUCCAUGUAAAGUAUUUCUGGGAGCAAACACAGACCCCACCAUCUUUGUGUGCUGGAUGGCUAACAAUACUCUGGUACCAUUUACCUACCCAGGAGGCCGUUUGACUCAGGGGAUGAACUGGGAAUAUUCAGAAAAUAAUGAGAACUACAUUGAAGCACCAUUGAUUUUUGAUCCAGUCACAAAGGAGGAUUUGAAUACAGAUUUUAAAUGCAUUGUCUUUAAUCAACGGACUUCUCAGACACAAUAUGCCACACUCAAAGAAGCCUCCUCUACAUUCUCCUGGCAAAUUGCACUGGCCCCUCUGCCUCUGGUCAUCUUGGUUUUGGGGGGAAUAUGGAUAUACAAGUGGUAUAAACACAGAGCUGAAAAGCAUAUGGUGUGACCACCCUAAGGACUGGCCACCAAGACCUUCUACCCUACCCAAAUACAAUAAAGGAAAUGGAGCAAUGCAAGCUUAAUUGGUGUCUAUUCUUAUGGA